AUGGCUGAGACUCUCAAACACGAAAGGCUCCAAUUUACCAGUGAUGAAUAUAACUACAUGGAAGCUGCAAGCCUAGACCUGGCAAAAAUUGCCAACAAAGUUGCCGAUGAAGUGAAGUCUUUGGGCAAGAGACAGAGAACAGCUGUUGUUGCAGAGAGACAGAAGCUACUGUCUCAGGCAGAAUCUGCCAAGUUGGAAUUGAUGACAAACCAGAAACUGAGAAGUCAGGUCCUCUUCAUCAGGAAUAUACAGCUGUUUUUCAGCCCUCCCAAGGAGUCAAGAUUGGAUUCUACGGCUGUUCAGAAAUGA